GGAGGCACAUCCCAGCUGACGUCACGGGGCGGGCCGGGCGGUGCCUGCGGGGCGGUCGGGGAGCGAUGGGAGCGCAGCUCAGCGUGUUGCGUCAGGUUGUGACGUACCCAAUAUGGCUCAUCUACACCACCAUCAUGAGGAUCUUCAGGAACCCCCAUCCUGCCAUCACCCUGAAGGAUCCUGACGUGAAGUAUGCACUGAGGCUGAUUGAUAAGGAGGAAGUCAGCCACGACACGAGAAGAUUCCGAUUUGCUCUCCCUUCCAUGGAGCACGUCCUGGGUCUGCCUCUAGGGCAGCACAUCUACCUGUCUGCACGCAUCGACGGGGCGCUGGUUGUCAGACCUUACACCCCCGUCUCCAGUGACGACGACAAGGGCUUCGUGGACCUCGUUGUCAAGGUCUACUUCAGAGGUGUCCACCCAAAGUUUCCUGAUGGGGGGAAGAUGUCUCAGUACUUGGACAGCCUGAAAAUAGGGGACACCAUUGACUUCAGAGGACCAAGUGGCCUCCUUGUCUACAAAGGAAAAGGCAAGUUUGAUAUUCGGCCAGAGAAGAAAGCUGAGCCGGUUCCUAAGACAGUGAAGUACGUGGGGAUGAUUGCAGGUGGGACUGGGAUAACCCCAAUGCUGCAGAUCAUCAAAGCAAUCAUGAAGGACAAAGAUGACCCCACUGUCUGUCAGCUGCUGUUUGCUAAUCAGACUGAGAAGGACAUCCUGCUGCGGUCCGAGCUGGAGGAGAUCCAGGCUCAGAAUCCCGGGCGCUUUAAGUGCUGGUACACGCUGGACAGGGCCCCUGAAGGUUGGGAAUACAGCCAAGGAUUUGUGAACCAAGAGAUGAUCAGAGACCACCUGCCCCCACCUCAGAACGAUGUUCUGAUCCUCAUGUGUGGACCCCCUCCCAUGAUCCAGUAUGCCUGCAUUCCCAACCUGGACAAGCUGGGCUACUCCAAGGACAUGAGGUUCUCCUUCUAAAGACAACUG